AUGGUGGAGAUCAUGCGGCGUAAUGCCCAUGAAAGGCCGCCCGCUGCCAUUCGCCAGUUGUACAAACAUUAUCGGAGCCUCAAACCUUUAGAGAUCGACUCACAUCCGCUCAUUCUCGACCCCCAGCGUCAAGCUAACAAUGCCCUUGAUAACGGACUACAGAGGGACGGAUAUGUGUCUAGUCGGUCUAUUUUGUCGGCGCUAGAGCAGUCGCUUCAAUGUCGGGUAUCUAAGGAGGAAUUGAGAGACGUUCCUAUUUUCACACAUCAGGCAAUGCCCGGCCUACGUAUUAUACCAUCCCUUUUGCCUCCUGCUGUACAGAUUGAAUUGCUAUCUCGCAUCUUCCACCGUGAUCUAUCAAACGACAACCACAAGACCAAUAUCCACCUCCAUUACCACAUGUCAUACCCCGAUCUACAAGAAACCUCCCCCGACGACGAUACUGGAACAUGCCGGGAGGGUCAUAAUUCCUCCCUGCAAAAAAGAGGCUCCUUUUUUCAGGAUAAGCCAGCUCGAGAACUAGCCCCGAAGGAUCCCUCAGUCCACCCACCGCUGUCAAUAAAAUCAUUCCUUGAUAAAAAACUGCGCUGGAUAACACUUGGCGGACAGUACAAUUGGACGGACAAGGUAUAUCCUGCUGAAAUACCACCGCAGUUCCCGGAAGAUAUAGCCAGCCUGCUGCGCAAUAUAUUUCCUGACACGAAACCGGAGGCUGCCAUUGUUAACCUUUAUUCUCCUGGUGAUACUCUCAGUGUCCACAGGGAUGUAAGCGAAGAAUGCGACACAGGCUUAAUUAGUAUCAGUUUUGGGUGUGAUGGACUUUUUUUGGUGGGCCACGAAGACGGUACUGGUUGUGAGGUUAUCCGACUGCGCUCUGGCGAUGCUGUCUACAUGACUGGUCGGUCAAGGUUUGCCUGGCAUGCAGUACCCAAGAUCAUUCCCUCAACAUGUCCGGAAUGGUUGGCAGACUGGCCCGGCGCUUCUGCUCAGUUCGAGAAAUGGCGGGGUUGGAUGUCGAACAAAAGAAUCAAUCUCAACGUGAGACAGAUGAAGCCAGCUUGA